AUGAUUUACUGGACCAAAUACUUCCAAUACGGCGUGAAGGGCUCGCCUGUGGACAAUUGGGGCUGUGUCAUUUCACGUAUCUGUUCAUGCCCAGACUUGCUUCAAGAGACGUUCGAGGGCAAGUAG